UGGUUUCUUAAAUCCAUAGCUAGAGUUAUUGAAGAGGAGAUAUUUGGAAUAGAUAAUUUGUGCUGGAUUUCUGCAAAGGCUACUUCUGAAGCAUCGACUAGUGCAGAGCGUUUAAUUCUCCAAACAGGGAUGACUGCAUUUGGAAAAGCGUAUUACAGAAACCAAAGUGAUCUUGUGCUUCAUCUUGCAGCAAAACUGGAGGCGCUCAGGCAUGAAUACAUGCGUUUUUCUGUUGAGAAGUGCUCAUCUGUUCUGAGAGAAUAUCGUUCGGCAGUUGAGACAAUUACAGAUGUUUUGCUUGAGAAAGGAGAGAUCAAGGCGAAGGAGAUAUGGGACAUUUAUCGAAAAGCACCACGGAUUCCUCAACCUCCUGUUCAUCCAGUUGAUGAGUAUGGAGCACUUAUUUAUGCUGGAAGAUGGGGAAAUCAUGGUGUCUCUCUUCCGGGGAGGGUUACCUUUGCACCAGGAUAUGUUGGGUUUUCCACAUUUGGUGCACCCAGGCCUUUGGAGACACAAAUCAUCAGUGACCAAGCAUGGAAGUUGAUUGAUGACAUUUGGGAUAACAAAAUAAAGGACAUCAAGAAUGAAGUCUCUAGGCAGAUUGAAGAAGACACAGAAAGACCACAGCUUUUGCUGGCUGACCACUUCCUUUGAGACUAAAUACACUUUAUCCUUAUAUGAUUCCCGUCCCCCCUUGUGUCCAGGUGAAGCAGUUUUGCUCAUGAUAAGUUCGCACUUUUGCUCUAAACUCCGGCCAGGCUCGGAUGUGUGCGGUUGUGUUGCAUAAAUUCUAAAUGAAGAGUGCAUUCAUGGAGGUUUCUGGCUGUGUCAUCUACCUUAUGUUGCUCUCUACAAACAAGUGCAUGUUUGCUCCAGUGAGUCAGGAUUUAUAUGCCAAACAUCUGACAAAAGUGAGAUAUGUUGUUCCAGUCCUCACUACCUUAUUCUGUUCUUCACAAACGAGGGCAUGUUUGGUCCAGUGGGUCAGGAUUUAUAUGCUAAACAUAUGAGAAAAAGUGAGAUAUGUUGUUCCAUCAUCACCAUUUAUCGAACAAUACAUUAUAUUUUGUGGAACAGUCAGGAAAAAGUGCCCGAGGUCUCAUGUUUUUGUAUCGAAAUGUCACUGACUGAUCUGUUAGCUUUGUAAACAUCAUUACAGAAAUCACGUUUGGCAUUUAACUCGUGAUCCCAGUUUUAUUGAU